GUGUGCGCGGAGGUGGGCGUUUCCUCGCGGAGAUAAACGGAGGCAGCCGGGCGGCGUCGCUCCAGUGCAGAGUCGGAGCCGAGCAGCUCUCUUCCUUCUUUCAGGAUGGAGUUUCUAAACCAAUGGUUAUGGAGACAUGAAUAUUGGUUACCUCCAGGCGUCACCUGGAAAGAUAUGGAGGAUCUGGAGAGCUACCCACUGCCCCGAGAUCUCCUCGCCACUCUGGGCCUGGCCCUCGCAUUUAUCGCCCUGCGCCAAGUCUUCGAGCGGUUGGUGGCGCUGCCCCUCAGCAGGUGGCUGGGGGUGCGGGAUAGAAAUCGUAUCCCGGCUGCUCCUGUCCCGACGCUGGAGGCCUUCUACGGCAGCCGUGGGAACCAGCCUUCCCAGAGAGAAGUCCUUGGUCUGGCCAAACAGUGUGAUCUCACGCGGAGGCAGGUGGAGGUGUGGUUCCGAUGCCGGAGGAACCAAGACCGGCCCACUAACACCAAGAAGUUCUGUGAGGCCUGUUGGCGCUUUGCCUUCUACCUCGCAGCGUUCUCCGCCGGCCUCGCUUCGCUCCUCGACAGCCCCUGGUUCUGGGAUCGGAGAAUGUGCUGGAAGGCAUACCCUCGUCAGUCCGUACAGACUGCUCACUACUGGUAUUACCUCCUGGAGCUGGGUUUUUACUGGUCCCUGCUGUUCUGCGUUUCUGUGGACAUCAAGAGGAAGGACUUCAAGGAGCAGAUCAUCCACCAUGUGGCCGCCAUCGUCCUCCUUGGAUUCUCCUACUGCUCCAACUACGUCCGCAUCGGCACUCUGGUCAUGCUAGUCCACGACUCAUCGGACUUCCUGCUGGAGUCAGCCAAGAUGUUCAACUACGCCGGCUGGAGGAGGACGUGUGACUUCCUGUUCGUGCUUUUCACAGUGGCAUUCCUGGUGACCCGCCUAGUGGUGUUUCCCAGCAAGAUCAUCCACACCACCCUGAUCCUCUCCAUGGACCAGUUCCAGCCCUUCUUUGGAUUUUACUUCUUCAACGGGCUCCUUUUGGUGCUCCAGGGGCUCCACAUCUUCUGGGCUUGGCUCAUCCUGCGCAUGGUCUAUAAGUUCCUCUGCCACGGGCAGGUGGAGAAGGACGAGCGUAGCGAUGAGGACAGUGACCCUGAGGAAGUGGGGGAGGAGGAGGAGCCACAGUGGGAGAGGGGAAAAGAAGCCCUCAACUGCAGCCUGGCCGUGCUGGCAAACAACUGCGUCCUGAGCAACCUGACCAGCCAGAGAGGAACUGCGAGCACUCAGCCCAGCAAAACGCGAUAGCGGCCCUGGGUGGGCGGGGCUCAGUGUGGUGGGCAUGGCCAUGUGCAGAGUGGGUGUGGCUCUGUGUGGUGGGCUGGGCUCUGUGUGUGAGGGGCAGGGCAACUGUCCCACACAGUUAAUCUGCUUUAGUGCUGUUUGGCACCUUAAAUGCAUUAUUUUGUCACGAGGUACGGGGAACCACACGUAGGUUCAUCACAGUUUGAGAUGAUUCAGUAACUCCCCGGAACCAGGAGUGUGUAUGUGUACACACACACACACACAGCCCACACUGUAGCAUGUCUGAGGACCCUGUGUCGGUCCCUGAAGGGGUGGGAGUCUGCUGGGAGGACUUCUCACUGCGACGUGCUAUCAGCCCACACCUGGCUCUCAUCGCCUAAAUCUGCUUCGGUUGUCCUGUCAUUUCAGCUUCUAAAUGUAACUCAGAUGCAGACAGUUCACCAGCCAUGCACCAAGACUGUCAGAUAACGUUUGACCGGCCCGAACAUGCCGACCGCGUUACAGAGCUUGACUGCAGCGACCUCAGAUAAACCUGCUUCAGCUUGGGUUCGGAACCUUCUUUGAGCAAAGACACAAACAGCACGCUAGUAACCAAGCUGAGGACACCAUACAAUUCAGGGAAGAGCCUGGCGUACCACUCCAAAGUCUCGCAAUACCACCAGUAAGAGUCAGUACUCCUGAUGUUUUGAGUUACAUUUACGAUGUAGAUAUGUCCUGCUUGUUUUUUUUUUUGUAGUCGUUGGAUUGAGUGUUUAGCGUUUCUUGUAAAGGUAGCUUUUGUUUAUGAAGCUGUCUGCUUCCCUGCUGAUUCAUUAGUCUGUUGUAUGAAAGCAGCGUCAGAGCUCCCCCUGCUGACAGACCCUGCUCUGCAUGUUAGCAGCUUGUCGGUUUGUCUUCUCCCCUUUGCUUUCCAAUAAAUUCACUCUGGUCCA